AUGGCUCGCCGCGCCGUGAGGCUCGCGUCCAUCGCCCUAAUGGUGUUUGGGACCUACAACCUCUGCUCGCUGUGGAGCUGGCAAUUCCACGCCCCGGACCUGGGCGAUCGAUCGCCGACGCGCGUUCUCUCUUCCGAAUUCAGCCAUCGCGAGCUGCGAGGACUGGAGCAAGCUCUGGGCGCCGCGGCGUUCCGGAACAGGACGGUGAUCAUCACGACGCUCAACCGGGCGUGGGUGUCGGCGGGCAUCCUGGAUCUCUUUUUAGGGAGCUUCCGGGCGGGGCAGGGGACGGAGCCCUUGCUGGAUCACCUCCUCAUCGUGGCGGUGGACAAGAUCUCGCACGACCUGUGCCUGGCCAUCCACAGCCACUGCUACGCGCUGCGCACCACCGGCCUCGACUUCGCCUCCGCCAAGGGAUUCAUGACCCACGACUUCAUCCAGCUCAUGUGGCGCCGGAUCUACCUCUUGGGCGUCGUCCUCGAGCUCGGCUAUAGCUUCGUCUUCUCGGACGCCGAUGUGAUGUGGUUCCGUGAUCCAUUCCAGCACUUCCAUCCAGAUGCCGAUUUGGAGAUGGCCUGUGACUACUACCCCGUCCAUCACGGCGACUCAGCAUAUCCAAAUUGUGGCUUCAUGCACGCCCAUGCGAACAAUCGCACGCUCCAGCUCUACAAGUACUGGUAUCAUGCCCGCCUCGCCUUCCCGGGCCAGCCGGAUCAAGACGUCCUCACCGCCGCCAUGUUCAAGGACGAGUACUGGGACAUGGGCGUCAAGACGAGGUUCUUGCGCACCGAGCUUUUUGGGAGCUUCUGCCAGGCCAAGCACCGCGUGGGCGAGAUUUGCACAAUGCACGCGAAUUGCUGCAUUGGGAUGCAUCGCAAGGUCAAGGAUUUGCAGCUGCUGAGCAGUGAUUGGGCCGGCUAUGUCAAUCGCUCCCGGAGCUCGCACAAUCGCUUCCGGAACUCGUCCUUUGCGAAGGAAGCAGGGGAUUUUCGAUGGAGCGCGCCCAGGGAGUGCCUGGCGUCGAUGUACAAGGGAAAAUCUGUGUACAUACCAGUGAGGAAGAAGAAGCCCAAGUGGUGGAGGAAGCGCUCGCUAGAAUUGCAGCAGUGGAUCACUAGCUGGUGA